CCUAGUCUCCCUCCACAAGCGUCUGCCACCCACGAUCAAAAACAAAACCAUCGCCGACCCACUCUCCUUGCUGCCAACCAAGCACGCACAGCCACAGCCAUACCACACCAAGUCAAGGAGAAGGUCAUGGCCGGCGUGAGCUCAUCCAGCGUCGUCGGGCUCAAGCCCGCCGCGGCGGUGCCGCAGGCCGCCUCGGCGGCGAAGCGGGUGCAGGUCGCGCCCAAGGAGCGGGCCGCCGAGGGCCGGCGCGCCGCGCUGCUCGGCCUGGCGGCCGUCUUCGCCGUCACCGCCACCACCGGGUCGGCCAAGGCCGGGAUCAUCGACGAGUACCUCGAGAAGAGCAAGGCCAACAAGGAGCUGAACGACAAGAAGAGGCUUGCCACCAGCGGCGCUAACUUCGCGCGCGCCUACACCGUGGAGUUCGGCAGCUGCCAGUUCCCCUACAACUUCACCGGCUGCCAGGACCUCGCCAAGCAGAAGAAAGUGCCGUUCAUCAGCGACGACCUCGAGAUCGAGUGCGAGGGCAAGGAGAAGUACAAGUGCGGCUCCAACGUUUUCUGGAAGUGGUGAUUGGCCGCGAACUGGAGGGACUGCUUGCGGUGUGACGUGAUGCCCAAACUGCAGGGAAAUUUGGAUGUGUGUAAUUUACCGUCAUUAUAUUUGUAUCAUCUCAUUUAUCUGAUCAUGCACGAACCUCUUGCACCGGGGAGAGUGAAACUGUAGCAUCCUUUCUUGCUUGGUUGACGACUCUUUUCAUCGGCUUUAUUUAA